CCACGAGACAUUAUCCUCUUCCCCGCUCACUUCGUCCUAGCUCCGUCGCGACGCUGACUGCCACCGGCCGCCUUCGACCCCCUCCCGAUCCACGCCGCCGAGCCAUGCCGCAUCCCUCUUCCUCUCGCCGCCGGCGUGCCGCGCCGCGUCGCAUCCUUCUUCUCCCGCGCCGCACUGCCGCAUCCCUCUCGUGCAUCCUCGCCUCCUCCUCCUCCUCUUCCUCCCGCGUGUAUUCCUCUUCAUCCACAAGUUCAAGAUGUGAUUUUCUCCACCUCCGACAGCCGGAUUCGCAGCGCCGCCGCUUGAUUUGCAGUGCUUGUGGCUGGGGUUGAUCCCCAUCGGCGAGUCAGAUGCUGUGGCCGGAUUCGCAGCGCCGCCGCUAGAUUUGCAUUGCUUGUGCGCACCGGCGCCGUCGACGACGGGGAGCUGCUGUUGCCGGAGCAAAAAUCGCGUCUUCCCCGAGUUGAAGCCGCCAGCCACCGCUCCGGCUUGCUGCUGUUGCUGCCGAGCAAAAUCGCAGAGGCUGGACGCGGACAAGAGGGAGGGGAUCUACGUGGUGGGCGGGGAAGGCAACCUGGAUGGCCUCAUCACGCUCGGGCACAUCAUCGCCAAGCUCGUCUACGAGCCGCCGGAGUACUUCGGGGACUUCUUCAACGGCGUCAUCCCCAAGCCGCAGAACAGCAGGUUCUGUAGUCUGACAUGCUCCGUAGGAUACCAGAACAAGACGUUGCAGUAUUCCAGGCUGCUCCGGCUGCUCCUCCGCUUUAUCAACUUGGGAGGAGAAGCUGGUCCGGCGGCACCGGCCUCCUUGAGGCGGAUGCAUGGGUGCAGGAAGCGAGCGGAGACCAGCGGCGAGAGGCGAGCUCGAGAGAGUGGCCCGCGGGAGAAGGAUCUCAUCGCUGGUGUCGCCAGGGCGGGAGGAGAUGAUGGCGAGCUCCAGCAGCAGCGGCGGCCUCCAACAGCCACGCGGGUUCCAACAACUGUCAGGAUCCCGAUGGAUCUGACCGGAAGAGGAUCAUGAAGAACGGAAAUUUGAGAAGAAUUCAAGAUAAAAGAGAUAAAUUGCAGGAAUUAAACUAAGAUAAAUUGCUGGAAAUAAAAGAUAAAUUUAGGGUUCAUAUUCUUGGUUGAUUGCAAAGGGAUACAACGGUAGGCUUAUAUAGACCUAACCAACUACAACAUGACAACAUAGGUGGAAUACCGAUACUACCCUUACAACUAUUAACCCACUACUCAUACCCAUAUUAGUCCCUGGCAUUACUCCCCCCUUUGAAACCAUUGCUCAGCAAUGGACAAGUUUGUACAGAAACUUUUCAUCAAUGAUCAAUAAUCCUUCAGAAUGCAUUCACCAUAUCAAGAUGGGAAGAAAGGUAAUGAAAAUAAUAUCUAUUUCCCAUAUCUGAAGAUAGUUCUCUGAAGGUAGCAUAUUCUUUGCAUUGCAAUUCUUCUGAACACCUUGCUGAUAGACAAAAGCAAUUCCAGGGUCCCACUGCAGUUUUACGCUGUUUUCCAAUGAAGAUAACCAGCGAGACAAAAUAGUGAACAUAUGCCUUAGGAAGGGGUUGAACAGGUAGAAGAGGAAGAGGGCUUUGAUGAUCCUGGUGAUGAAACAGUAGAUGAUGAGACUUUUGAUGGCCUGGAAGAUGCCAAUGAAUCUAUACACUUGAUGGACCCAGUCUUGUCAGGUAGUCAGACCCCCAUAAUUCCUAAUUCCUCAGUGCCUUUCCGGACAUGUUCCAUGUUCCCUGAAAAUUUGGAGGUUGUUGACAACGAGUAUAUGAAGGUCCCUACUGACCGCAAAAGCUGGACUGGGGGCGAUGUGGAUAGGCAUAUUGCUUCUGUUGCCAGUCCUAAAUCCCUACCUGGACAUUUGGAGUACAACAAGCUGGAUUUAGAUGUAUGGGAGUUUGAACCUCAGUCAUAUGCUCAUGUUGAAGAGGAGGUGUUAUCUCUUUAUGAAAAAUCUGCAAAUGCUACAUACUGCUCUCAGAUUCUGAGCUCUUUCAACCUGGAGGAGACCGAUGAGGAUCUCUGUGAUACUAAUGACGAACAUUCUGAAGGUCAGUUGGAGGCUCUCCCUCAAGACCUGGUUGAUAAAUUUGGUUCUGUCAAGCGCAAUCUUCUCCCUGUGCUCGAACAACUUUCUAUCUCCAACAAUGGAAAUCAGAAGAAAAAAAACCUAUUGUCAAUCCAGAGCCUGUGAAGAAAAUCUGGGGCCCUACUGUUGCUACCACCAGAAUGGCCACCAGAAAUCAUGGUCACCAAAAUAUUAUUGAAAAAGCUAAGGAUUAUCAGAAGAGGAAGAACCUUGAGGUUCCACCUUCUUUUCGAGAUUUGAGGAAGAAACGAAAGUAGAAUCUGGGAGGAGUUUUUCUCAAGAUGACGUCCACUGGGUUGCCCCAAAUGUUUGAUCUGAAGCAUGUCAACAGCCUGCGCAUGUCUGCUUCAAUUGGAAUUUCAGAAGCGCUUGACCCUCGCUGCGUGCGUCUUGCAGCCACCUCGGCGUUGGGGACGGGCCAUGCUUGAAUGCGGAAGGCGAGUUCAGCCGAUGCCAAUGACGCCAAGAACGUCGAGCUCUUCAGGAUGCAAGGUGCAAAGGCGGCCGGCAUCUACAAGUUGUUGCCGCCGAAACCAUACACUUGCCCAGGAGUCAGGACCCUCAGCACGAGGCUUGGGAUGCCGAAACAUGGACAUGAAAGUCUGGAUGCAUCGAGGGCUUGCUGCAACACUGCUGGAUAUCGAGGCAGUCUGGAUGAGGCCGUUUCAGCCCUGAUCCAUGACCUCCUUCAUGCUCCAGACCAAGCCCUCCAUCAAGGAAUGGCACAUAUAUACUAUCGAGAAGAUUAUGGCGAUUUUGGGAUUGGUAUCUCAGUUAGUAAUGUUCAACUUGAUGUCGCACCAGUCGAGUCCAGGGAUAGCACCAUACCAGCUUCUGAGACAACACGCAAAUGGAUACGUUGCAGUUCAGCAGUUUUCAGUAAUUAAUGGUUCCGUUCAAAUGGUAAGGUUGGUUAGACUAGCAACCUGAAGGUGUGGAGGUACCUCUUCAGUCUUGAAGAUGAUCGGAUCUAAGACAAGAUCAAGAGUAUGCCAGACGCUAAAUUUUGGUGUUCCAGCUGAAUAUUUUCAAGUUUUCUUUUGGAUAACGUCACAUGUCUGACUGAAAGCCAGUAGGUCUCAAGGACUAUAUUUACCUUUCUUAGAUGUACACCAUAAAUCAGAUUUACAGCCUAGACUAGAUAUCGACCUGGUAUUUAUCUCUAUUGGAUUUACCUUAAAAAAUUCAGUGAAUCUUAAUCACUUAUAGCGACAUACAUAGACAUCAAAACAAGUUAAAACUUAUAGUUUGAAUAAUGUCAUGAUUAAAUGUGAUCUACAUUGAUGAAGUAAACAUAGUCUUUUAUCCUACCAAUGGAUAAGCAGGAGGGUAUCUUGAUUUGGAUGAUGAGUUUGUAGAUAGAUACAUUAUCCUACAAAUACAUGUUGUGCCUUUGCAUUUUUGGACAAUAAAAGCUAUAGAUCGGAUCUUGCUGCCAUAUUGUAUUGUUCAUUCCAUCGAUGAUACCUCCCUCCCCUCGCGUAUACUUAGAGAGAGAUUAAAUUCCCAAAUAAAUUAUCAUCAAAGAGAUAUCAAAUUCUACAGAUAUAUUGUUACAAAGCUUAUGUUAAAAAUACUUUCUCGCUUUUGCCUUUGCGCCGGGGCGCAACGGGUCAUCUAGUGGUGGAUAAAACAAGAUGGGUUUGCUGAUUUAGUUCAGCAGGUGUGGAAUACUGAGUGUCCUUGCACUUGCAAUUGACAUUUGGCAAUUCAAACUGCGUUUGUUAAGGAAAAAAACUAAAGGGUGGAGUAUUAAUAUUGAAGCUGCUUUGAAAAAAAGGAAGAAGGCUCUUAUGCAAGAGUUUGAUAUCCUUGAUGUUUUCUUGGAGCGAAACCUCCUGAGUGAGGAUGAGAAAUCUAGAAUGAAAGAGAUUAAAGUGGAAAUUGAAGAUAUUUGGCUUCAAGAGGAAACCAAAGCGUGGCAGCGUUCUAGAGAUCGAUUUUUUUUU